CUUUUCUCUUGUUUCAACUCCAACCAAACAACCCAACUUUUUUCCUUUGUUCGACUUUCCCUAUUUUUACUUUACCAACUCAUCACCAAAAAAUCUGUUCAAAAAUGGCUACUGCAGGAUUCCUUGAUAUGGCGCUUGACGACAUCAUUACGGAGAAGAAGUCUUCCGGUCGUGGCAAAACCCAGCGUGGUGGAAUCAACAAAAGACAAACCGGUGCUCGAUCAUUCGGCAGAAACAACUCCUCUUUGCCUUACAGCGGAAGACCUGCUCGCCGUACAGUCCAAUCACAGAUCGCCCCACAAGGUUCCCGAAAUACGCUCGUGGUCUCAAACUUGCAUUACAACGUCACAGAAAAAGAUCUCUAUGACCUUUUUGGCCAAAUUGGACCAUUGAAGCGAGCCUUCCUUCACCUCGCACCCUCUGGCAAAUCUUCUGGUGUUGCCGAUGUUAUCUUUGUCCGUUCAAAUGAUGCUGAUAGAGCCCGCACAACAUACAAUAAUGUCGAACUUGAUGGUCGACCUAUGCGUAUCAGCGUUGGUAAUGCUGUUCCCGCCACUGUUGUUGCUCCUGUAAGAGAACGGCGACCUAUGCGUGGCAGCAAUGUCAAUGAUCGUCGACGAGGUAUGCGUGGUGGUCCUCGUCAACGUCGUGAAAACCGACCAAAGCCCUCUGAGGCUGAUCUUGAUGCCGAAAUGGAUAGCUAUAUGAACACCGCUGUGAGUAUCCCAUAAUUGAUCCGUCGGAUGUUUCUCGUCUUCAAAAAUACUCAUCAUUGUGUUAGAACGAAGAUAUUCAAAUGAAUUGAGUCUGACACCUUUUUCUAAACACAUAUUGAUCUCCUAUUUUUUUCCCCUGCGAUCAAAAAAUCACAUUCAUAUCACAUCCAAAUAAAAUGCCUUUAUGUCUUGUCUGCUUGUAAGCUUACGGCUUUUAUUUGAUUGUUCAGUUGGCUGGGAUAAAAAACAUCGCGUAAUGAAACAAAG